UAGGUAAGGAGACAAACAAAAUCAUUUUUUAAAUGUUAUUUCUUCGUGCUAAAAUUAUUUUAGCUUAUGUUUAGCACGGUCUUUAAAGGUGUUUUCCAGCUUCAAAAAUUGAAAUAGGGCCAAAUAUCUCUGAAAUCUCUUCUUUUGAAAAGCUCAUUCAAAAGCUGAAGCAAAAGUUCAGACUUAGCUUGGAGUUUCAGCGAAAAAAUAUUUUGAAAAUACAAGAUUUUUCUAACCAUAUUUUAAUUUUAUUUCAGAAAAAUACUAUUUUCUAUAAUUUAUAUCAUUUUUAAAAAUAACAUAAAUUAGAAAUUAAAAUUAUUUCAUAUAAAAGAAAUCUAACAAAGGUCUGUUCCUAUGAAUUAUUAUAUUUGAUACUGAACAUCUUUUUUAGCAAUUUUAUAUGACAUCUUAUAAUAAAAAACAUUUCUAAUAGUUUCGUCAGACAAACAUUCAAAAACUACUUUCUAACAUUAUCAAAAAGGAUGAUUAUUCCAACAUUUUUUUCUAAUACUUUGAUAUGUUUUGCAAUUCGAUUGCAUAACCUCUAAAAUGCACUUUUCGAAACCUGUUUUAUGUAAUAAUUAUGUAAGAUUGUUGAGUAAAAUUUUUACAUGAUAAAUGACUUAUGCAGACCUUUCUACAUAAUGAAUGUUAUUAACACCAAAAUUAUGCAACACCAAGUCAUUAUCUGAGUCUGUCUUACACGUACAUGUUACAUUAUCACAUGAGAAUAAUUUUUUCUCUUAACCUGUAUGUAAGAUAUUUAUAGCUCACAAAAUAAUUUUAACUGUUGUGUAAAAUUAGGGAGACUGUGAUCGAUAUCUAAUGAUAGGUUAAGUUCAUCUGAAAUUCAAAUUUUAAAACUAAUUAUUUUUUUCAUGAUUUGAUCAUUUCUGUUUUAAGAUAAGAAAAUAACUAUAUGGACCCGCGGCAAAGCGCUGGCCAAUUAUCUAGUCAACAACAAAAGGACAAGUACAAAACAAAUGAUUAGUAUUUCUUCAUUCCUAAAUUAUGUUAACUUGAUGAUACUUCACAUCAUGACGAAUGACAUGCAUAUUUCAUGUUCAAUUUAUGUUAAUGUAAUUUAUAAUUCACACCAUGACUGAUGGUAUAUGCAUAUUUCAUAUUAGUGCAAUGAUAAUUCACACAAUGACCAAAGACAUGCAUAUUUGACGUGAUAAAAAAAAACUUUGUAUCAUCAUGAUCGAUUUCUGUUACCAUUUGCAUGAUUUGAACACAUAAAAUAUAUGGUCAUCAAUGAUUGGUAGGAGGGUGAGAUAUUGGAGAAAAUUGAAUCUAGAAGCAAUCUCCCAGUAGAAGUCUUUUAGAAGGAGCAAAAGACAUUUAUUCAUAACGGACCCAAAAAAAUAGAAAGAAAGAUCAAAGAUCUUGUGAUCGGCGGAUUGAAGAUUAUACUCGUAAAUAUAUGCACGUAAAAAAAUUCUCACGUGUUCAUUUCGUUAGUAAAUAAAACAACAGUAAGUACAUAUAUAUUUAGAUCUAGACCUCAUAAUUGAUCUUCUUCUUCCUCUGAGACUCAAAUUCUCUGAACGUACAUUGAUAUAUUCCUUCCCCAAGUUUCAUUUCCUGCGAUGGUUUGUCGUCGCCGUAAUUGAAAUGAAGGGUUUUUCCACUUCAAUUCCUCUUUUUUGGAUCAUCAUGAUCGAUUCCUAUUAGGGUAGUUUUAUGUACUUAUGCAUUGUAAUUAAUUGUGGAUCAAUAUUAUAAUCAUGGGUUUUUACCCAUGUCAAGCUCUUGUGAGGCUCUUAAAGCAAAGGCUCAGAAUCCAUGCCAAAGCCAAACACGACGACGAUGAUGACAAUAAUGGUGCAAAAGGGGGCAAUAAUGCAGAUUUGAAUCAGCAGCAGUCUACCUCUGCUGAUCCCAAAACAGGCCAAGUGGGCAUCAUUGCAGGUCUCAACAUGGCUCCAACAUUCAUCUACCAAGAGCUAGAAGCUGCAACCAAUGGGUUCGCACCGGAUGCUUAUCUUGGAAGAGGUGGCUUCGGUGCUGUUUACAAAGGCAAACUCAAAAGAAUCGGCCAGUCAGUGGCUGUUAAGCAGCUGGAUUCAACUGGAUAUCAAGGAGAAAAGGAGUUCCUUGUGGAGGUUCUUAUGCUCUCUAUAUUGCACCAUCCGAAUCUUGUCAAGUUGGUUGGAUACUGUGCUGAGGGGUCUCAACGUCUUCUCGUCUAUGAAUACAUGCCCAUGGGUUCCUUAGAAGAUCGCCUUUUUGAUCUUUCAAACGGGAUGCAACCACUGAAUUGGAAGACUAGGAUAAAGAUAGCUGCUGGAACAGCAAGAGGAUUGGAAUGCCUGCACUCAGCAAGCCCACCAGUGAUAUACAGAGACCUCAAAUCUUCCAACAUUCUGCUGGACAAAGAUUACCAACCCAAGCUGUCUGAUUUCGGGCUUGCCAAGUUCGGUCCAACUGGAGAUAAAUCUCAUGUCUCCACUAGGAUCAUGGGAACUUAUGGGUAUUGUGCCCCUGAGUAUGCCAACACUGGCAAAUUAACCAUGAAGACAGAUAUCUAUAGCUUUGGGGUGCUCUUGCUGGAGCUAAUUACUGGGCGGAGAGCAGUUGAUCAAGUGGAUAGUAAGUCCAGGAAUUUAACCCAAUGGGCUCUUCCUCUACUGAAAGACAAGAACAAUUGGUUGGAGCUGGCGGAUCCAUUGCUGAAAGGAAAGUAUUCAAAGUUUGUGUAUAAUAAGGCCAUAGAGGUUGUGUUAAGAUGUCUAUCUGACAAAGCCAGCUUCAGGCCAACAUCGAGCGAGCUAGUUGGUGCGAUGGAUUACUUGUUGGCUCGAUCGAGUAAGUCGAAAGAUGCUAAGAAGGCUAGUAACGCAGGGUUGGGAUGGCUCGACGCUGAUCAGAACCAGAACGAAAAUGUAGUGACGAAAGCAGUCAAAGCAGUAGUAGAGAACAAGGAUUUGAAUCGUGAGGUUGAUAUCGAGGAAGCCAAAUUGUGGGGCAAGAUUCGGAGAGACAACAAGAAGCCACCUAGGCACGACUCGGAAGGCACCAAGUGGGUAGAUAUGCUUCAAAAAGGUAAGUAGGGUGUUAGAGCAUUUGCGGAGAGUUCAGCAGCAGGGAGAGCAACCAAUCAAAUACUGGAACACCUAAAGAAUGAAGAUGUGAGGAUAGGGGAAGAUGACCUACCUUGUACAGCAAGAAAGAAGAGCAAAUUAAUCUUUUGCGCUCUUGCGAGAAUCUUCCUCUGCACUAGCUAGAAAUGAAUCGUAGGUCUGUUUUUUGUAUUGUAGGGCUUGCUGCUGGUACAUCAAGCAAUGUCGGCGUGUAUGAAUGAGUGGCUGGUUAAGAAUAUGGUCGUUCAUGAGUUUGGUGAAUAAGAGUUGCACCUGAACUUUGAACACUUUCAGGGUUCAGCAAUGUGCAAGCACUUUUAACUUUAAGGGCCUUCCAAAUACUUCAAAAUGACAUUGGAGCACAGAUUAUAUCAUGAAUUAAUUAGUAUGGCACAAGUGAAAUAGAAUCACUCAUUCUUACACAUGCCUAAAUAAAGGGAAUAAACAAUUCAAUCCAACAUUGAAACAAUUUUAGAUAUAAUGCCAUUAAACAAAGAUAAAAUUCUGAAAAGGAUACCAAAAUACUCAUCCAUAUUACUUACGAAUCAAGUAACACCUAUUUAUUGUACGGCUCAAGAUAAACUUGUCAGAUUCCGAAUAAGACAAAGAAGCUGGACACAUAAAUAUUCCCCAAUACAUAGUUGUGUAAGUAGUUUUUUAUUUUUAUGAGCAAGCAUCAUUUGUUGGGAUGACAUAUGUGUUAUUAUAAGUAUUGAUAGUUGGCUUUGUAGUUUUCGUACUUAGUUAGUGAUCACCCUGAAAAUCUGACUUUCUUAAGAGAAUAAUAAACACCACUACUCCAAACAAAAACUGCGUGCCCCCACGAGUUACCAAACAAAAACCUACAAAAUUUUGUGUUGUGUGGGGGUUUUCGCUAUUAUUAUAAUGUCAAACAAUUAAUUAAUUUCACCAUGGUAUAGGCCAUCUAUUUUAACAAUUUAGAUAGAUAGAGUUGGUUUAAACUCCUUAAUAUAUAUAGAGAUCGGAU